AUGGUGGCUUUGAACAUCGUCGUGUUCGUCUUUGCACUGACGUCUCUUGAAAUGGGUUCAGCGAGCGACUCCCAUCACAUAUCGAAGCGCACGUAUGGCUACGGUGGCAGGCGCGGUGGCUACCGGGGCGGCGGCUUCCGAGGUGGCUCCAUGCGCUACGGCGGCUACAGAGGAGGCUACAGGGGUGGCUACGGCGGUGGCUACGGUGGCGGCUACGGCAUCGGUCUCGGUGGCGGCUACGGCGGAGGUAUCGGAGGUUUCGGCGGCAUGAACAGCCUGAUGAAUGCCCUAUACACCAGAGUCCUGAUGGGGGGGAACUACGGUGGCGGAUAUGGCGGAAUCCAGUACGUUUAUGUUCCUGUCUACUAUCCUGUCGUGAACGGAGGCGGCGGCGGCAUCGACUACGGAGGCAUUGGUGGUGGGGGUGGCAUUGACUACGGUGGAGGUGGGGGUGACGUGGACACUGGUGGCGGAGGAGGGGUGGACUUCGGUGGCGGAGGUAUCGAUGGUGGUGGCGAAGAUGGCGGUGUCUUUGAGGGGGGAGUUGGUGGUGACGAAGCCGUCUUGUACGUGCAUAGCGACGCCAAGCCUUCUGUUAGGGUUGUUCCUAGUGGUAGGAGACCGACACAGCAGGCGCAGCACCAGCAGCAGCUUCGGAGGGUGAACAUCGGUAAAGAAAGAGUGGUGCAGAGAUCGACUGAGUUGGGGCUGGGUCGCACGUACGCCCUGACGCCGCCCAGAGGUGCGGCGUUUGAGCGUAGAAAGCAGGGCUAA